GUUCUACCUCUCUUCCUGGGUUUAAUAAUGUCGGAAAUUGGGGAGGCAAUGAGGUUCGAUCUGGCAUCUGGGAGUCCCAAGUGCAUUUCAGAGGACAUAAAGACCAAUUCCAUGACCGUCGGCAAGUACAAAAUCAUCAACCCCGACGACGGCACUCCUUUACCCGAUUCCCACAAGCUCACUGUCAGGGUUACUUCACCUUAUGGGAACAAUUACCACUAUGGGGCUCAUGUGGAGUCGGGCAAUUUUGCAUUUACUGCAGCUGAGGCUGGUGAUUAUACUGCUUGCUUCUGGGGAGCCGAGCGCAAACCUCCAAUAACAUUGACUGUUGAUUUUGAAUGGAAAACUGGUGUUGCUGCUAAAGAUUGGUCUAAUGUUGCUAAGAAAGGCCAGGUCGAAACGAUGCUGCUUGAGUUGAAGAAAUUGUAUGACACGGUCACAUCCAUCCAUGAGGAGAUGUUUUAUCUUCGUGAGAGGGAGGAAGAAAUGCAACAGCUCAAUAGAUCAACAAAUUCCAGAAUGGUAAUGCUUGGUUUCUUUUCACUCAUUGUUUGCUUAUCUGUGGCUGGUUUGCAACUAUGGCAUCUGAAGGCAUUCUUUGAGAGGAAGAAACUCCUCUAGUUUUGCUUUUGAUAGGUUUUUUCUAUCUUCAUUUUUCCCCCACUUAAAUCACUUUUUACUUUGCUGUUUUUAAGUUACGCAUUCCAUUUAUACCUUCUUCCUUUUUUUCUUUUCCAAGGCUAAUGUAGUGGACCAGUUUAUCAAAUGAGGCUUUGUUAAUGCAAUCAAAGUAAGCCUUUUCU